GGUACGAAAUCUGUUUAGGGUAUCUCAUUUUAGUAAAAUGGCUGCUGAAGUCCGACGAGAUUCAUUCAAGACAUUUUGGGACAAGUACUCGGAUAAACCCGACACCAGUUCGAUGAUGCUCAAUCAAACUGCACAUGAUCUCGAAGCAAGCGACAGAGCUGAUAUUCUCUCAAGCUUACCACUGUUGGAAAACAAGGAUGUUGUCGACAUAGGAGCCGGAAUUGGGCGCUUCACAACAGUGCUCGCUGAGACAGCCCGAUGGGUACAUUCCACCGACUUCAUUGAAUCUUUCAUCGCUAAAAAUCAAGAGAGAAACGCCCAUCUUGGAAAUAUCAGCUACCAAAUUGGUGAUGCUGUUCAUUUACAAAUGGAAGAGAAGAGCGUGGAUCUGGUAUUCACCAACUGGUUGAUGAUGUAUCUAUCGGACCGCGAGGUGAUCGAGUUCUUAUUCAAUGCUAUGAGAUGGCUACGAGCCGAUGGUUAUCUACAUCUUAGGGAAAGCUGCUCAGAGCCAAGCACUGGUCGUGCAAAACACGCAUCUCUGCAUUCGAAUGCGGAAUCUAACCCAACACAUUACCGGUUUUCUUCUCUAUACAUCAAGCUUCUUCGUGCAAUAAGAUAUCGUGACAACUCCGGUAAAUUAUGGCGAUUUGAAGUGCUGUGGAGCUGCUCUGUGCCCACAUACAUUAGGCGGUCAAACAACUGGCGGCAAGUGCAUUGGUUGACGAAGAAAAUUCCAGCCGAUGGCGAUAAGGAGACUCAGGCUAGCGAGUUGCUCAAGCUUUUCAGUGAAACAUGGCAUGCUGAACAAGUAGAAUGGGAUAGAAAGCUCGACAAUGAGAAAUGCGUUUGGACCGACAAAAUUUUUUCAAAUGUUCUCAAUAACGAAAUGGUACCUCAGAACGGGACCGCUUAUGUGUAUACUCCUAGACGCAGAUCGCCUUAUCUACAUAUCAACUCCCAUUUGUUAGCUGAGAAGUUUUCUUGCAAUGUUUGGAAUGUGGAAUUGAAUGAAAACUUCUAUAGGACGUCACUCACAAAGGCGAACAAUACAAAGAAUCAACGAGUAAGGUUCGGUUGGAACGAAACCUUAUCAUCGUCAAUCGAAUAUUGGAGCCAGCGAGAUGCUUCAUUUGACUGUUUCAUCGGUACAGAACUACUGGCAACAAAUGGCGAUGACAGUAUUAAGAGGAUAUCGAGUAUUAUGGAACGAGGGGCAGCUUUUGUACUGCUGGAACCCGUUGUUAAUGUGGAUGAGCAGGCUAUCCAUAAGCGAAUGACCACAUGUGGCUUCAAAAACAUCUCUAUCACUGAUGUCACAAAAGAGUGCAGAGCUGCUGAAUCGGCAUUCUUCAGCGAUCAUAAUUUGCAACUGGACUCUUCUGACUGCUACUACGUGCUCAUAAAAGCCUCACUUUAAUCAGGUUAAUAAUGAAACGGCUAACCAUUUGAUGAAUUUGAGAUUUUCACGACUUGUAAUGCUUCUUGUAACAUUGAUGAUUUGUAAAUUUUCUUCUGUUCACUUAUAAAAAUUUGUGACGGC